ACAGCGAGGAAAAAAGACCCGAAACAAUUUGACGAAUCCGCUGACAACUCAUCGAGAACAAAGAAAUCGAAAGGGAAGAAAGAGAAUGAGGGACAGGCAGUAGGCCUGCCCGGGUCAAUGGAAUCUCCCAGUGAUCAGACCACGGAACUCGAGGUACUCAGCAUGGGUGGAGGGAUAAAGAGUACGCCGCAGCCAAGGAAAAUUCGGAGGCCACGCUCAUCAAGCGUACUGACACCAGGCAUGGAGUCAUCUAUCCUGGCCAAAACCAAGGGAAAUCGGACUGUGAGCGAAAUUCUCCUGCUGAGAGGUCAAGCUGUGGGUGCUGGAAGUGGUGCACACCGGCUAGGCCUUUCGAAUAAAGUCAGAAUUGCGCCACUGCAUGCCCGCAUUAAGACGCCGCCACCUGUAUUUAGGCCCCUAAUCAAGCGUAAGGAAAAAAAUGAUGAGGAUGAUAUGGAUUCCGAAGAAGAGUAUGAGGGAUUGACAGAGGCUCAAAUUGCGGAGAGGCGCGAGCAGAAAAUGAAGGCAGCCUGGUAUAGCCCUUGAUUGUUAUCCACUGUAUAAAUACUUAUAUUUAUACCUAAUAAUGAAUUUGUAGCACUUGUACCAUAGAUUAGGC